CCUUGUAGAACACAUGUUUUGAAUCAGAAAAGUCGGCUUGAGUCGCUAACUUCACUCUGGAUCGAGAAAGAAGCGACUAAACACUUUUUAUUUAGAUUAAAUGAGCCUGAAACAUUCGUUUUAAAGCCUCGCAGUCACAAAAAUGCUUCGCAAUCUGUUUGGAAGAGCCUUUUGUCAGGCCCGGCCUCUAUUGAAUGGGAUCAGCUUGACGAGCAAAUUUCAGCAUGGACUGGUACAAAAGGUUUCUUCAAGCUUGAUGAGCACCUCUCUUUGCAACAGUUUACAACAUUUCUCGCCUCAGCCCAUCAACAUCCUGUCAAGGAUUUGCAAGCCUUUAGUUGCCGAGCAGAAGAGGACCUAUUUCCUCAACAAAUUCAAUCUGAGGACUGGGAGACGCAAAACGAAUUAUGACGUCAUUGAUAGAUUUUACAGACUCCACUGGGGGAUGUGGAUUCGUGUCAAAGCCGGGAGGGCGAAGAAACUGUGGAAAAAGGCUGGAAAGAAUAAAAAGAGGUUGAGAUACCAUGUCAUGUGCAAUGCCACCCAGUGCACGCUUCUGGAUAAAAUGGUCACCGGCUUUUGGCGCAGGGAGCGCUUCCUGGUCAAUGACCCCUAUGCUCCUUAUCACAAGAGGGAGAAUUUUUACCAAACUAGGCGAAAACCAAUGGAGCUCCCUCCCCUCCCUAUGAAGAAUAAUUGACUGCCAUCAAAUUGUAGAUUUAUACAAACGUUUCCUUAUUGUUUUUCGAGUGUUGACAGAUUGUUCGCAAUAAAUUAAAUUAGAAACCGUUUA